CACUCCACCGCCGAAAUGCGUCCUCUUUUCCGCUUCCCCGUCAGCCCCUGCCACCGCUGGCCCAAACCAUGGCCCGAUACCUGCGAUCUUUGGAGCCUUUGGUGAGCCCCGAGGAGCUGAAGCAGACCCAGGAACUGGUAGCAGAGUUUGAGACACCCGGCGGCGAGGGCGAGAGGCUGCAGGCCCGGCUACAACGCAGGGCGGCACGCAUGGAUAAUUGGAUCACAGACUGGUGGGUUCAGUCGGCCUACUUGGAAAACCGCCUCCCUCUGGCUGUUCACUCAAACCCGGCUGUGGUGUUGCCAAAACAGGACUUCAAUGAUUGGAAAGGCCAGCUGAG